AUGGGACAGUUGCUUCCAAAUUCAAACGAAGAAUUACGUACAACGGACGAGGAUGCUGAAAUCAGUGAUUUGCAGUUAAUAUAUCAGGUUAGAGAUGCCCUUCUUGAAGUCACGGAUGGUAGAGAGAACUAUGAAGAGCUUGUUGGGUGUUUGCAGCCUAAAAGGAAUCUUAAUUCUCAUGAAGCUGCUCAACUUGUGACAAUUUUGAAAGCCCUUGCUGGAGUAGUGUCCUACAUAGACUCUGUCCAUCAUGGAACUCUUAUUUUUGCUCUUGAGAGAAUGAGCUUGUGGAAUUUGGCUACAACGUAUAAGAAUUAUGAUGUGACUGAUAUCAUGGAUGCUUUGAUUGAGCUUCUCGUAUCAUUGGCUGCUUCGAAGGGAAUAAAGAAUAAGGUUCUGUCUCGGGUGCAUGAUGCUCUGAAACAAAUAGCUGAUUUGGUUCCCCUUGCUCCCUUGCAAUUAUCGCCAAUAGUUGUCCAGAAUAUACCAAAACGUUACGAUGUGACAGUGCAUGAGAUUGUCAUGUAUGUUGAAAAUAUGUUAAAGCUUGAGAGUGGUUCAAUGGGAGAAAUUGUUGGUAGUACCAUGCUACCCGCACUUGUGGAUAAAUUGAUAGAGUUGGAUGUGGAGAUUGGAUUGGAUGGCAAGAUACAUGAGGAUGCUAAAUGCAUAUUUGAAAUGGAGUUAGAGGAUAUUAUUAAUUUUGCAGCAGAUGAUGAUGAGAACUAUAAUAGUAUGUGUGUCUCAGAGAUGUUAAAUAGAAAAAAGUUGCAAGGCAAUAAGGUUGUGGAGAAAUUAGAUAGCCUAAUUGUGCUGACUUUUUUGCAUCUUGAUUCCUGUCAAAGUAGUGGCCGAUUGUCUGAGGUAUUUGAUACAUUACUGACGUCAUUUAAGAGAACUGUGCUGAAUACAUACAAGUCAAAGUUUACUCAGUUUGUGAUGUUCUAUGUUUGUGCAUUGCAUCCUGAACUAUGUGGUGUGAAAUUUGCUAUUGUUCUCAGAGAUAUGUUUGAAUCACCUGUUAAUCCCCCUAUUACUAGGAUGAGUGUUGUUUCUUAUCUUGCUAGCUAUUUAUCUCGUGCAAAGUUUCUUUCAUCUGCUUUGGUUGCUGACAUCAUACAAAGAUUGGUAGAUUGGUGUUUUGCAUAUUGCAAGAUACAUGAUUUAGAUAUGAACCUGCAAGCUCACCAAGUGUUUUAUUCUGGGUGCCAGGCUGUCAUGUACAUUUUGUGCUUCCGCAUGAAAUCAUUGAUGGAUGUACCUAGGCUUAGAAUGCAGCUCAUCAAAAUGCCAAUGUUGCUACUUUGGAAACAUAAAUUGAAUCCCUUGAAGGUCUGUUUUCCUAGUGUAGUAGAGGAAUUUCUUAAAUAG